UCCCAUCCAGCCAGCUGAUGAGUGUCAACACAGAGGCGAGGUAGCACAAGGGCGUCCCCGUCACCAGCACUGUGAUCUGUAUGUUCUGACCUGCAGGAGCAACCCUUGCUUGCCUGCGCGUGUAGUGAGCGGAUAAUCAGAAGAGUGGUGCGUGGAUCAAGCAAAAUAUGGAGCUGAAAACGAGCCACAGGGAAGCUGUCAGCCAAGGGGACUUCCCCCCGGGGAUGGCGCCCAAGAUGUUGAACUUGCUUAAGAUAAUUGAUUCCUUGGAGAAGGAUCUUACUCCCCUCAUCUCUCACCCGUACCACGAGGUGCUCAACAAGUUGCUGUCCCUUGAACGAGCCAAGAUUGGUAUGAUGGAGAUCUAUACUAUUAAUUCACUAUUUUGGGUUUUGAUGAGAACCAGUGGUGAAGAUAUUGAUGCAUCACUUCGAGAUGACUACAAGGUGGAGAUGGGAAGACUGAAGGAAACCCAAGCCCGCAUUGCAGAGAUAGAGGCUAGAGCCCACAGACCAACACUGGACAGGCCAGCUGCUGCUAGGUUCAUCAGGCAUGGACUUCGUGGCAAUGCUGAAAAUGAUCAAGAAAGUGGGAUAGCAGCAUUCAUUGCUAAUAUGAGGAAGAAAGUGGAGGCACAACAUGAACAAGAAUCUAACAACAGCAGCAGCAGUGAGUGUGAUGAUGAUGAUAGUGAUGGAGACAAUCAAGUGCUACCUCAAGACGACCCUCAAAACAGAUCGUGGUAUGGAAAAGGAUGGUAGUUGCAAAGCACAUUUUCUGCAAUUUGGUUGAUGAGGGGCUGGCAAAUCUCAUUGCAAUAAUAUACAAAUUCUAUCUUGUGUUAUGACCAAAAAUUUGUUUGUAUCAGGUUAUAUAUAAUAUUUUUAAUUGUGAAGAGGUAACAUGUCUGGUAGAAAGGGCAAGCAAAAUUUAAUAUCCUGAAGUUUGAUUUAUCAGUUUAUAGCUAAAGACUUGAUGGCACACUACCAAGGACAUUGACUUAUUAAUGAAGAAUUGCCAUUAAUAGAAUUCUUCUAUUCUUUUAAAAAGAAUUAAUUCUUCAUUGUAAUGGCUAAAUAAUGCAAAAUUAUUCAUGAAUGGAAUGUUGUUAAUGAUGCAGGUUCUUAAAUUAAAAGACUGUAUUUGUUUACACUGGUAUUAAUGUACAAUACAAGAGCACACACACAUUGUGUUACAAAAAUAAAGAAGGAAUGAUUUUUUCUGUAAGUACUUUUUCAGUUUUGAAUGCCAACUGAAUAUAGCAACCAGACAUUAAUUGAGCACCAUCUACCCAGCAGAUAGAAUUUUUAUAUGGUAGCUCGGCCAUGCCCUAAAGAACAUGGAAUGCUUUAAUAAUGCACCAUACAUUUUAAAUAUACUGGGAAGAUUUUGUGACUGGCUGCCCUCCUCGACAAAUUAAGGACUUGUAUAAUGGUGUGUGGCUAUUAGAAAGAUAUGUGAUGCACAUGAGAGUUGGAUAAUUAAUGUACAAAGUGGUAUUUUUUAUUAUUCGUGCAUAUAAUUCUUAAUAAAAUUUUUAUUAGAA